UAUUGCAACUUGCAACAUUGACUUUGACAGCUCCACGGAAAACACAAGCGCAUAAAUGUCUCCCCGCGAUAUUUUCCUGAGAAAUGACUUCUACAAAUGAUGGAAAAGAUGUGAAAAGUAAUCAAACAAGUGGACACAAAAGCAAAUCAUAUUACAUUGAUCUUUAUACGUCGCUGGAGAAGGCGCUAAACAGCGACCACUCGCUCGAGGAGCGCACAAGGCACGUGUGCGAGGCGUGGCGUCGCGUCUACUGCCUCUACCAGCACUCGGCGACCUCCACACACCCUCACCUGCUCAGCUGGCUGCAGCGACACACCGCCAACACUAUUCUACAGUCAAAAUGGGCUAAGAGCAAGAAUGAGCACACACGACUCACAGAGGCGAUCGACGCACUGGUCGCCGAGGCGACAGCUGCGUCCGCGGGACGACCACAACACCCAUGGGAACUGGUCUUACUCCAACGGGCCGCCUGGUUCAAGAAGGCCUUGGAGAACCCUUGGGACAACCCUGUGCUAAAGAGCCUGAUCAACCCUGAUAGCGAGCCGGUCACAGAUCAACAGGUGCUAGAAUGGCUGAUAUCCGAGCACGGCAUCGUGCUAGUGACGCGGCUGCAGCGCAUGGUGGGCGCGGGCAACUGCGACGAUCUAGCGCUGCUGCUCGCCUCCGCGGUCAUGGACCGCGCGCGCGCCGCGUGCAAGCGUGUGCCCGACGAUUGCCCCGAGCAGAAAGUCGAGGAAGAAGACAGCUCGUCGUUCGUCGCGGUGUUAGAGAGAGAGGCAAGCUUCACGUCAGAAGAGUGGGACAUGCUGACGGACAUCGAGCUUGUUCUACUGCUGAAGACCGACAAGCGACCGCGCUGCCUCGAGCUGGCGAAGCUCACCCCUCUGAGGCAUGGCUACAAGAUGGUGGAGCGUCUUCGCAAGCGGCUCGAGAAUUCGCCUCGGGACAAAAAGCUGUGGAAACACGCGAAAGAGGUCGCCACCAUUGUCACUCAGGUGAUAAUCGCGCGCUGCAUGGUGCUGAGCACCUGCCUGGGCCCGGGCCGCGACGCGCUGUACUGGUGCGCGCGCUCGCUGGCGCGCCAGCUGGCGCCCGCGCGCCUGCGCGCCGCCAGCGCCGAGCUGGCGCGCCCCGCAGCCACCGCCCGCCAUCUGCACACCUUCUGCGCCGCACUGUCCGCCGAGUGUAAGGAGCUAACCACGGACGUGAUGAUGAAGCCGUUCAUAUGCGAGUUAUACGUACGCUCCAUCACCGCCGGCAUGAACGAACUGGAGCAGCUCAAACUUAAACCUGAAAAGGAAUCGGAGGCGCGGCUGUACGAGCAGACGCUCGCGGGCUGGUUCACGCAGCUGGGCGGCCGGCUCACGGACAGCGUGCGCCUGCGCGCCGAGUGCGCGCUCACCGCCUUCAGCGUGCACCCCGCGCGCAAGCACUACGAGCGCGUCGCCACCACCGUGCCGCCCACCCCCCUGCCCCUGCCACAGGCCCAAGAAUCGAUCCCGGAAACCACAUCGGAGUACGGCAGUUGGGCCAACGACAGCCGAACACAGAGCAACCUCGUCAAAACGUCGGAGACUCUCCAGCUGAAGCAGUCCCAGCAGCACCAGGCUAACGUGCUGUCCACUGCUAUCCUCACUGAAGGGGAGGCUUUGGGGUUGGAUCCGGUACUGUGCCAGGAUCUGGCUGUUCUGCUCUCUGGGCCGAGGGUCAAGACUCUGUCGUGGGAUAUGGACAGGGAUGUUCUUCUGGAAAACUGCCGCUCGUAUAUGGAGAAGACCCGCGGAGGCACCCGCGCCGUCACCACCGAGCUCAAGUACCUCAACCUGGACCUCAACGCCUACCAGCAUCUGCCUGAGGAGGAAGAUGAUGAGAAUGAUGUCUAUUACGGCAUUGAGAAAGGGUACGAACAUGAGGUUCAAUUCGAGGAGCCAGAAGAGAUAUGGCAAAACGCAUUCUUCGACCCUGAACAGACGGAAAGUGCCGACGAAACCGGAAUGGACCGGGGAUUCGGCAAGAAAAAGUCCAGGGCAAGUGUCGUCGAUUCUGAAGACGAAGACCCGCUCAGCACUAUAGCAGACGCCAAGAAGGAAAAGAAGAAACGCGCCAAAGAGAAGAAGGAACAGAGAAAGAAGAAGACACACAAACGAGAUGACAGCAAGGAUGGCAGCACGGAGCGGCGAAAAGACAAAGAUAAGAAAACCAAAAAGGAGAGAAAGAAAGACAAGUCUGAACAACCAGCGGCAGGGUCAUUGAACAGUUUACUGGGAAUGAAAGUCGCUAAAGUGUCCUCACCGGUGCAGGACGGAGAAAAGAGAGUAAGAAAGAAAAAGGAACGCCGAAGAGAGUCCACGUUUAGCUACGUCAGCGUCACUGACAGUGAUCAAAUCUUAGACGACCCUAGCGUUCUGGUCGAUGGAGUGUUCUCUAUGGACGAACUCAAAGCGCCAGAAAGACUUAGUGCAGAUCGUCAAAAACUAGACAAUACUAAGACUACAAUUAAAAGUGAGAUGCAAAGCCCUGUGAUAAAAAAUGACAUUAAAACUCGACCCAUGAGCUCACCAACAGUCACAACGACAAGUAGUGACUCUGAUGUGACAAGAGCGAAAUCGCCUUAUUUGACACCUAACCAACUAGCCCACAAACACGUGGUCAAUCCACAAGUGAAAUCCAGUCUACAUAAACUCUUACAGUUUAGAAGGAAUCAAAAUAAACUCAGAGCCGUGGCUAGACCAGCGCCAGCCCAUACUCAAACACAGACCAACUUGGCUAGGCCAGCCUCAGCCCAUACACCAACGCAGACCAACUUGGCUAGACCAUCACCAGCUCAUACUCCAACACAUACCAACUUGGCUAGAUCAGCUCCAGCCCAUACUCCAACACAGACUAACUUGGCUAGGUCAGCCUCAGCUCAUACUCUAACGCAGAUCAACUUGGCUAGACCACCCUCAGCCCAUACUCCAACACAGACGAACUUAGCCAGACCACCCCCGGCACAUACUCCAACGCAAGGCAGUUCACUUGUUGGCAUGAAAAUAUACAAUCCAGAUGAUGUACCUAAAGUCUACCUGAAUAAAAAACAAUGUAAACAGUUGGAAACUCUUUCAAGUGACGCGAAUAAUCUAUUGAAAAGUACUACUGAUAACAUGCUUAGAACAUAUAAAGAGUAUAGAGAUAAACAACAGAGUCAACAGAAUGUACAUAACUCACAGAAGUAUCCGCAGCAAUACAUCAAUCCUGUGCACAUGUCACAAAAUGUUCUGAAUGAAAGCCAAAAACUUGGCCUUGAAUACACAACACAUAGUCCCGUAAAAGUUAUACAGCAAACUAUGCUUAACCAGUCACCAAAUAGUACUCAAACGAGUUAUGCUUCCCCUGCUAAAACGGCAGAACUUAUGAGGCCGCACGAUGUAAUUGUUACGCCACCGAAGCCAACAAUAGUGUAUCAGCCAUUACACAAAUCCAUGCAAAACUUAUCUACUGAUAAACAAGAACUUCCUAAGAAACCGCUGCUAAUAAAUGACCCCAAUUACUUCAGUCAGCAGCACGUAAAAGCUAACGUUUCACAGCUCUCGCCAAAAAUUAUUAGCAAUACUGUCAUAAAACCACCAACUCAAACCACUACGGCUAAAGAUGAUUUCACUAAAUUGCAAGCGCACAGCAACAUACAUCGAACGUAUAUGUCUAAACCCGCGCAAAAUGUAAAUAGUCAAAUGAGGAAUUUGAAUAGCGACCUUAUGCGAUCAAAAACGUUGUAUGAGAGUCAAAAGCUGAGUAAUUCUAUGCAAAAUAUUACUAAGGUGCCAGUAUCGAGUUACGACGCUACAAAAAGACACAUCCCUACACCUCAAGAUAUGCUACAUGGUCGAGCAAGUCAUGCGAAACCUUAUAAUGUUCCAUCGCACAGUGAUGCAGUAAAUUCGGUCCAACCCUUACAUUCUAACACACAAACUUGCCAAAGUGGAUCAAUUCAAAACCGAGAGAGAGUUGAUACUAAGACUCCACUUACAUCACAAACGAAUGAUAUUGACGAGUUUUUGAAGGAAUUUUAUAAAACUAUACAUGCAGGCUCUGACAAAAAUGUCUCCAUAGCUUUAAAUAAAGAUGUUAAAUUGACUAUUCAAACACCUUCAACAACAGCAAAAAGGACAGACUUAGUACCUCCUCAAUGUGCCAAACAACAGUUACAAACUGAGAAUGUUCCUGCCACUUUCUCUCGACUCAGUUACAUGCAUAAGAAUAAGCAAAACGAAAUCAAAGUUCCGCUAACAGACUCUAUUACUUUAGAACUAAACAAAAAGAUCAUUGAACACAAAAUGAGUAAGGCCAAAUGUCUGAAAAAUGAAAUGACAAUAUCUCGGGUCGGUAUAACGAACCCGGAUACACAACAACCACAGAAAGUGAUUAGGAGAAUCAACCAAUCUGCCUCGUCCUUAAAGAGAGGUUGUCCCCUGCUGUCUAGUAUGUUAGAGGCUACAGGGUCACCACCUGUUAAGCCUCAUAGCAAUACGCCUACCACCAUUCACAAUGCUGCUGACAAUCUGCCGAAUAGAGAAGACGCGGAUUUACUACUCCUAUUGCGCAAUCCAACUCUUAUGAAACCAAGUUACAUAGAUAAUUCCUCAAUAGGGUCUUUAACGAGCGACGGCUCGCACCAGACUCUAAAUCAAACCAAAGUAGAAACUCAGGUUUCAAAACAACAAACUUUAGUGGGCACCAAAGUAAAAAACAUCGAUAUCCUAGACACUUGCUUGACGAAGAAAGAAUCUUCGUCUGACGAUGAGUGGAAACGCGUUAUGGAUGCUAUAAGAGCCCGUAAAACAGAGCCGCUUGGUCCUAAUGCAUUAGAACUAGCGCUAAAGAAAGACCAAGGAAGAUAUUCUCAGGGCAGUUCAAGGACAGACGGCAAGCGUGUGAGCGAGCUUGGACAAAGUUUAUUACAAAAGAAAUCUUCUGACACUAAGAAACGCGAACACCAUAGCUCAAAAGUUAGCUCAACUACUCGUAAUCCAAGCACUGAUAAACAUUCCGAAGUACCUAAAAAGUCUAGAAAUUCUGAAGUUAUCAAAACGACAUCACCAGAAAUGCUUCAGAAACAAACUAGUUUAAAUAUGACGAGGGAAGUUCCUCAUACUUCCGCGAUUCCAAAUUCAGAUUUCGAUAUGCUAGACGACCUAAUAGACGAUGAUUUACGUCGAGAAUUAGGAGAAAUAUCUUCUGACGAGGACUCUUAUACUGUUCAAACUGCACCCGUGGCUAAAGGGAAAAGUCAUAGAAACAUUCCAAAAUCAAAUUCUAUUGUUUCCAAGCAAGCUACUACAUCUAAGGAAAGAAGACACAUUGUUAAUCCUAAGACGAUCAUACGUAAGAAUCAAACCAAUUCAACUGUUAACAACAAUUCAGCAGAUAGUCUCGUUGGUUCUGGCGUGAAUACCUUCUCAGCUGACUAUACGAAUGUGAUAGUAAAUAAUUCUAGUCAUCUAGCUGCAACACAUAUAGAAAACAGACCACAAGAAAGUAAAUCUGAGACAGUGCAGCAAUAUGCACCAACUACCACGAUCAUAACUGACCAAGUAGCUCAGAAUACAGCUAACAAUAUACUGACACAUAUAGAAGCGAGCCAAUAUGUAAACAAUAUUUUACCGACGAACGUAAUACUUGCAUCAGUGCCACAAUCUGCGCCUGUUGUUGUUAUACGCCAAGAUCUUGUUUACGAUCCAUACCCAACGAUACGUAUCCAUGAGAGCCAAGUGAAUGCCGAGCUUUGCGCGAUAAACCAAAAUGUAUUUGCUGUAAACGCAGCCCCUAAUUUAGCAUUAUACCAAACUACGCAGUUUGCCACGCCGGUCUUAAAUCCAUUUAUUAUCGGCAACGCUACGACUACCAUUAAUUUAUCAAACCCAACUGCAAUCGGAAAUGAACACGUCACUCAAGACUUCGAAAACAAAGAAUUAGACAUGCCAGUUGAAGAUAGGAUAAGCCUGGAAACUGCAAUUAGACUUUCAGAUGCCGUAAGUGAGACUCCCGAACCUCCAAAUCUAGAUUUUAAUAUGAACAGGAAUUGUGAAAGAAAGGUGCUAUCUCAAGUGCAUGAAAAUCAUACGAAUGAUGUCGACAAGGAAUCUCAUACACGCAGGUUGUCGAAUAACGAUGUCCCUUUAAAAACGGAACAAGACAAGGAGAGAAUAAAACUAAAGCGCCAGUCCCUUAUAAAUAGAAAGAUAAGUCACUCGGGCGGGCUUCCACCUAUAGCUCUCAAGUACACACCGUUAAGUAAUAAAGUAACUCUAGGAAAGCUUUUACAGCAGGAAUCGCCGAAAAACGACACUGUUGAACCUAAUACCAGAUUAGUGACAAGCACUAAAAAUGGCAUUGUAGCGGCAACCGCAAGUGUAAAGACUCCAGCAAAGGAAGCGAAUAAUGAAAAUAUAGUUUCUACAGUUCAAGCGUCAAGUGCAAAAGAGAACAAACAAUCUUGCCGGCGUAUUUGGCUAAGAUCAUCGAAUAAGAUAACGAAUAAAAAAGUGGCACCUGUUAAACGUACUCGAAUGCCACUUAAUAGAAAUACAAUCAAACUAAAAGUAAAAGAUAAUGCUUUUACGCAUGAUAAUACGACUGUUACUAAUGUAAAAAAUGAAAACAACAUAAAAAUAAAAGACAGCAUAAAAAUUGCAACGCGUACUUCAAAUAGAAUACUCAACAAAAAUAAAAAAGGUAAAAAUGAACCCUCAAGUACAUUAGAAACGCAACAAAAUGUUGUUGAUAAUAACGAACUAAUUGAUUUUGAGGAAAAGCUAAACAGUUCUAUAGUAUUAAAGUCCUCAGUUGCAAUGGUUGAGACUUGCAAGCUUGAAAACACAUCGAUGCAACAACUGAAAUCAAAUGAUUCAGUCACAGAACAAGAUAAACAAUCAGAAAUUAUCAAAAAUACUAAUGUCACAUCUCAAUCUAGUAAUAAAUUGGAACCAACAGUGGUGAUAGAAAAACUAAAAAAUCAACUAGGCGAUCAACUUGUUAUUAAAAGUACGCCUGUCAAAACAUCUGUGAAGGAAGCAACUGUUAUCGGUAAAAAUCAGAAUCUGACAAUAUUAGCAAAUAAAGAUAUAACUAAAGGCACGAAAGAUUGUGUUAUCCCCAAAAAGUGUACUUCGAAUAAAAUCGAUGUAAAAGCAACACCCAAAACUUCUGGUUCUGAAGCUACUGGACUUCCGCUUUUUGUUGAUGAUGCAACUAAGUUAAAGCCAACUGUAAUCGAAGACCAGAAAGUUGUUAAACAAACUACUGCAGUUGGUUCAUCGAUUCUGCUUGAUGAAACUAAAAAAUUGAAGUCUGUGGUAGUUGAUGACCAAAACGUUGUCAUACAAAAACUGGCAGUCAAUUUACCACUUAAUGAUCAAAACGUGGUUAAACAUUCUGAAACAACAGAAAAUGUAUCUAUUUCAGCUCAGAGACGUGGUUCUAUAAAAGUCAGAAGAGAUGAAUUUAAAUAUAAUAUGUCACAAAUAUUGAAUAUUGUACCGAACACAGAUAUGCCAACAGUUACAACGACGGUUAUCAAAUCCAACAGUAGUGUUAUUUCACCAAAUACAGGCACUACGAUGCCUACGAAUGCCGAAAGUAAAAUAAAUAUUGAAAACGAUCUGCAAAAACCAGUGCAAAUAUCACCCCUAAAGUGCCCUAACGUAAAUAAUAAUCCCGUGUCGGUGGUAGAAGACGAUAUUGUGCAGAUCAUCGAAACAUCAACAGGAGAAACUCAACAAAAGAAAACGAAGGAUGAACAUUCAAAUACUGUAACAAUAGCAUGUAACCCACUUGAUGAAACUCCCGUGUCGGUGGUAGAAGACGAUAUUGUGCAAAUCAUCGAAACAUUAACAGCAGAAACCCAACAAAAGAAAACGAAAUAUGUACAUUCAGAUACUGCAACAAUAAAAUGUAACCCACUUGAUGAAACUCCCGUGUCGGUGGUAGAAGACGAUAUUGUGCAAAUCAUCGAAACAUCAACAACAGAAACUCAACAAAAGAAAACGAAGGAUGUACAUUCAAAUACUGCAACAGUAAAAUGCAACCCACUUGAUGAAACUCCCGUGUCGGUGGUAGAAGACGAUAUUGUGCAAAUCAUCGAAACAUCAUCGGCAGAAACUCAACAAAAGAAAACGAAGGAUGUACAUUCAAAUACUGCAACAGUAAAAUGUAACCCACUUGAUGAAACUCCCGUGUCGGUGGUAGAAGACGAUAUUGUGCAAAUCAUCGAAACAUCAACAACAGAAACUCAACAAAAGAAAACAAAGGAUGUACAUUCAAAUACUGCAACAAUAAAAUGUAACCCACUUAAUGAAACUUUGAGUAAAGGCCAACAGGAAACUAUAGAUACAAGUAAGUCGCUUUUGUGUAAGGAAAAUAUCAAUGAAGUUCUUAAUGACAAAAGUGCAAAUCAGAACUUUAGCACUGAAAAGGUGGACGAGCGCAAAUUUGUCGAUCGACAGUUAUCAAACCUGAAACAGUCUAAUAUAAAUGCCAAGCCAGAAACACAACACAACAAUCUUAAAGAUAUCGAAAGGCCUGAACUACAAGCAACGAAUCAUGCAUUGAGUGGUGGUGGUCGUAAAAAUGUUAUUGAUACUAAAAAAAAUAGUCAAAAGACUGGAAUAUUCAUGAAAGGAGAUAUAAAAAUUGAAGAAAUUUCUUUAGACGAUCCAAAUAAAAAAUUAAUUCGUAUUUCUCUUCCGAAUGGCAAAGUAUUCAAAGCUACGAUUUUUGGUAAAGUACAUGGUGAUUUCGAUUCUUUGUUCGAGCACCCCACCAUGCGAGCUAUUCUAGCGGGAAACACUCAUAACGACGGAAAACGAUACACUGUGAAUUAUAAACAAGUCCAGAUGAAAAAUGAUCCCACUAAAAUAUCUCAUCAAAUUCAGGAUUUACGUAUUAAAGUGGCGGACGCUCCGUCGAAACCUGUUGACACUGUAAAUUUAAUUAGUGACGAGGAAGAAGAGGUUCAGACUCGUAGUUUUAACACUGAAUUUGGAAAAUAUGCCACAAAUCAUGAUCAAGAAACAAUUGCCAUACAUCAGAAAAAGUUUGACCAAAGAUGCGAAGUCAAAAUCCUUAAAGGUGACUUAUUUAAAAGCAAUAGAACGAAGCCUAAAUCAAAACCAUUGCCGUUGGAAAAGAACUCGUUAAUGACCAGACACCAGAGUAAACUGUUAUCUUUAGCAUCUUCAAUAACAAGUAUAAUUACUAAAGAAGAAACUGAUUCUAAUGCCGAUAAAUUAACUCAAGCACAAACGACACCUACUCCUUUAUUGGGACAAGCUACUCCUAUAGUUUCAGAUACGACUGAUGUCAUCGAAAUUGACGAUUCUUCUAAUGACAGUAUAGAAAGCCAAACACUAGAAUCUCACGAUGAUAAUAACAUAGAGCCUGCGAAACUUGCGGCGAUGGCGAAUUUAUUGUUACAAGAUCUUGGUUUAGAAACAGAGAAAGUUAACGUCCCUUCUCCUGUCAAGAGCGGAGCCGCUGUUGUCAAUUUGAAGAGCGCAUUACUACAGGAACUUGGUAUAGUUCCAGCGGAAACUCCAGUUAUUGACAUAACUGAAAAUGACGACGAGGAAGUGGUGAUUUCAACAGACGUUCAGCAACAAAAUAAAAGUUGUGACGAAACGAAAACGGUAACUGAUGUUGCGACGGGAGAAAAUAAGAUAAUCAGAAACGAAGAACAGUAUAAUCUUAAAAAAUGUGUUGUGAAAAUUGUUAAAUGCGAUACUCUUAUUAAGAAAUAUAAACUUAUGAGAAAAAUGAAGCAUUGCUAUGUUAAAAUGGAGCGGCUUAGUAACUCAAUUCUUCAAACUGAACGCGUUUGUAGGAGUGAAAAAACAGGUGAUAGAGAAACAGACGAAAUUAAACAAGGCAAUGCUGAAGAUUUUAUUGAAUUCGAUGUUGAUGGACCAUGUAGUUCACCACAGUUAUCACGUUGUCCUUCAUUAUCAAUUUUAAAUAGUUGGGAUGAUGACAGUCAACCUUCACUGGAAAACCCAUACUGUACUUCACCGGUUAUGGAGAUUUACGAUACAUUAGUACAGUUGCGCAAUAAACUAAAAACUGAAUUGGUCAGAGAAUCUAAAGUGCUGCUACCAUCGACUUGUGAUUCUGAAUGGACCAUGACAAAAUUUGGAUACAGUACUCAAGAAACUCUAUCAGCAUCAUCUAACGCACCAGUAACAGAUAUCCGAAACCUGUUGCCCGUUUGUGAUAACACUGAGAGUGCAGAAAAACUUAUAAUGGCAUUCGAAACACCCAAACUUCUAACGAUAACACUAAAAUUCCUAGAAGAUAAUCCCAAUUUACUAUGCCGUUGGGAAUUUGCACGUAGAAGAGAAUUAAUGUUUAAAAUCAAAUCUUCGCCAAAUAAAUUAAAAAGAAAAGCUGAAGAAGUCGUAGUUGGUAUUGUUGCGAAUAAAGUAUUGAAAUUAAGGACAUUAGCGUUGAAAAGUUUAAACUCCAGCCUUAAAGCUCCUGGUAUGCCCAUCGAUAAAGAAAAUAAGGAGUUCCAGGCAGACUCUUUUGAAGCUUACCCCAAAUAUAAAACUACGACUGUCGAAAACAUUAAAGAUGUUUGUCUGAUUAUGCAAACUGACAAGACAAGUAACACUGAUAUGAAUUCUCAAAGUGAGGACAAGCACGAAGAGACCAAUCUACAAGAUACAAAGAUGAUUGCUGAUUCCAUAAUGAGUCCAACUGAUAUUGAAAAACUUGGGAAAGAAACGCACGUAACCGGUAGUCUUAUGGACAAUACAGAAACGGAAGAGUUGGAACCAGCUCAAUCUGAAACAAUCAUGGGUGACUACAAUGCUUUUCAAUUAAAAGAGUUUCCAAAUUGUGUCACAUGCUUACCUAGCGAUAUUGACACUUUCGACCAAGAUUUUGGACUAGAAUAUCGAGAAGUAUCUUCCCCUUCAUUGCUCAGCGAUUAUGUUGAAACUUUUGAUGAAGAAAAUAAAAUAAACAAAAAUUUCUUCAAUGAAGAUAUAGUAAACGAUAAUACGCCCUAUUCAAAGGUGAUUACAGCGGACAAUCAAGAACUAAUGUGUCCGCCACCGCUUAGCGCUAGUACCGGAGGUGACGAUGAAGAAAAACAAACAAAUACCGACGCUGUUAACGAACAGUCAGCAAACGAUACACCUACACAUUCGAGGGAUGACAAUUCUGUCACAUGUCUGGCAAAAUUUGGAGAUGACAACGACAAACUAAACUCUCCAUCACCAUUUAGUAAUAACAACGAAAAUAAUGGAACAAGUAUAAGCUUUAGCAAUGAAGAGACAGAGCUGAAUGACCUUUCACCUUUAAAGGAAGUAGAUAAUUUAGUCGCGUGCUCACCUAAAGAUAUGAACUCAUUAGAAGUCAAAGAUACUAUAGAAGACAUCCAAGAGGUAACUUCACCGUCGCUCACCAAUAAUAAUGAAUGUGAUAAAGAAAGUAACAUACGUAUUAAUAUCAAUAACGAGGAAGCAGUAAAUGACGUAUCACAAUCGAACGAAGUAGAAUAUCCCGCCGCAUCAUCUAGCGAAACUGACUGUUUAGACAGAGACAUUACAGAGGAUAACCAACAAAUAACGUCCCCGCUGCCACGUAACGAUAAUGCCGAAGCUGACAACGAGAAACAAAUGGAUAUUAACUUAAGCAAUGAAAAGGCGGUAAACGGUAUGUUACUAUUGAAGGACGUAAAAAGUUUCGACUCUUCAGACAUUACUGAAAACUACCAAGAAGAAAUGUCUCCACCGCCGCUUAGCGAUAAUACUCAAACUAGCGAUGAAGAUGAAGCAAACGAUCUAUUACAAUCGAAGGAGGUAGCAAGUUCUGCCUCAUCACCUGGCGAAGCUGAUUUCGGCAAAGAUUUCUCCAAUGACAAUCAAGAAGAUAUGUUUCCUCCACCGCUUAGCAAUAAUACUGAAACUGACGAUGAAGAGAAUCAAAUGAGCAUAAUUAACAGCAACAACAGACAGUCAAAGGAGGUAGAAAAUUACAUGGUAGGCUCACUAAGCGAAACUGACUAUUCCAACAAAGACAACAUAGAGGACAUCCAUGUUGUAACUGCGCCAACACCUUUUAGCGGUAAUAGUGAAACUGUUCAUAGUGACGAACAAAUAAGUACAGACCUCAGUGAAUCUGUCACUACGGACAAAGAUGCUACAGAAGAUACACAAACAAUAAACUCUCUCAUACCGCUCAUCGAACAUACUGAAACUAAAGAAGAGCAUAUGAGUAAAAAUGCCAGUAAGCAAGAUCCAACUACCGACAUUUUGCAUAUAGAAGAAAUGAAUAUCAGUGAGGGAUUGGAUGAAAUCUCUAUAGACGAGCUACCUACUGAAGUUUGUGAAGUUGUGGUUAUUGCUACAGACGUUGACGAUGUAGAUAUUGUUGAAACGUUGAUGAACACCAGUAAAGAAAUAACACAAAUGGCUAAAUACGAUGCUUCGGGAAUAAAUCACAAUUCGGAGAUUAAAUCACCAGAUUUUAUAGAUAGUAACACAAUCACUUUUAACUAUCAUGAUUAUACUAAACGGGCCAAAAAUAAACAAGACAUUACUAAACAAAAUUCCAUAAGUAGCAAUAUUACUGACUGCACAAAAGAGAAUGUUGCCGUAACUGAUUUUAAAAUCGAAAGCUUAAGUUUAAAGGAGCAGUCUAGAAAGGACACAUCCUCUUGUGAAAUAAUUAGUAACAAAAAUUGUCCUCUAAAAUCAAAGCCGGAAUGCAAGUACGAGUUAAUUCAAGAAGAUGAUUUCUUAACUGUAAACAUAACUGAAGACAAUAACAAAACAAAAGCUGUAUUUUUAAGUUCCAACGUUGUUGAGGAAGACACAGUUGUUGCGUCGCCUUGCUCUAAUAAUGCUGAUGAUAUAAAUCUAAAAGGUUUUGAGUUCGAAGAUGUAUACAUAUUUCCACUAAGCCAAGCAGGCAGCAAUAACAGCAACCUAUCUAACGACAGCCUUGUUCAAGAACUAAAUAGUGAAAGCGUCACUUACGAUGUACCGAACGACCUACAUGAUAUCGAUUUUCACAUAAAAGAACCUGAAAUUACGUAUUCCCGAAAACGUAAAAUGAGCAUGAGAGACGUAAAAGUUUCAGAAAAGAAAUAUAGGAAAGGCAAAAAUAUUGACUGUUCAAAACAAACUAAAUUUAGCAUGAUCGAAUUAGCCUACAGCAAAGAAUAUAAGAGACUACUAGAAUAUUGUUCGUCAGUUAAGUUUUCAUAUUCACGCCCUUUUCAUAAAGAAUUUAUUGAAAUUGAAGGUCUAAUGGGCAACUGGCCCAUAAAUAGCGUUUGUUAUGAUGUCGCUUCAGGUGACGUUGCUGAUGAACGUUUAUUUGUGGAUUUAGAAGAUUAUGAUAGUUAUCAACCGGAUCCCGCAACACAAACGUUUGUUGAAGAAAUUAGUUACGAAUAUAAUAAAACUGAUGCCGCCCUAGAAGACCCAAACAUUGAGGCUAGUGAAACAAAUUUCAAUAUGGGUUUUGGUGAGGGGUCCGGCAGAGUCAUCCAAAUUUUGAACAAACAAAGCGAAUCAAAUAUUUCGGCUGCGACUCUGUCGGACGUAAAGCAAUCUCAGCCGGUUUCUAAGUCCGUAGACCCCGACGACUGCAACGAUGUAACAACGAACAAUGACGAUCAAAUAAAGAAAAUAAGGCAACAUGUAAAUUUCAUCGAACUACGGGAUAAGGUUCGGCAAUUUUUCAAGAAAUCAACCGAUGAACUGAAGUCUGAUUGGGUGCAGCAGAACAUAAAAGAUGAACUUCAACCGGAAGAUUUCCCUUUUGGUCUUUGUAGUUUUGAUUAUGUAAAACCAGUCCCAACAAACGUCAUAGUCCAAGUGGUUCAAGUAGGCCAGCUUCCCGUGAGUGCAGCUGCUCAAAAUCCAGUAACAUGUGACCCGCGAGUGACACAGGUGUCGGAUGCCAGUCCGUCCCAGUGUUCAGUGGACAAUAGCCCCAACGAUGAUUCUCAAUCUGAAAUAAAAACCGAAUAUACAGAGUUAACAACUGCCGAUUUGUCUUUACCUCUCCAUGAAUAUGCACAGCAAAAUCAAGGUAGUCUCGCAUCUGAAGACACCAAUGUUGAGCUUACUGAACAAACAAUUUCACUUGAAAUGGAAAUAAAAGCAGAAGAAAGCCCUGAAAUAAAACAAGAGCUGCCAGACAUAAAAGAUGAGAAAAGUAACUCUUCUGAUACAGAGUUGCAUACUCUAAACAACGCAACGCCCGAAAAUAUAGAUUACUCCUUCGAAAAUAAUACAGUCAAGUCUAAUGCCAGCAGUGUAAAUUAUGACUCUUCUGAGCAAAACAGUUCUGAAACGUUUUCUCAGCCGCGUCAACAAAAUGGAACCUCGGAGAAGACGGAUCAAAUCGCGCAUGCCAUGAGCGCUGCUGGCAUCACUACAACACCAGAGGCUGUAACUAAUACUAGAGCUCACGCUUUAGUAAAUAUCCUUUCUCAGAAGAUACGACAAGGCUCCGUAAACACCACGCAAACUACCACAAAUACGUACUCCAAGACAUCAAUUAACGCAAUGGCUCUACAGCAAGCCCUAGCCCAAAUUUUGCCCCCACCGUUGAAUCAGACGGGGUCCAGUGAAAAUAGCCAAUCACAGUCGACGCCAGUUGGGCCUCAAGUUCUGCAUAUUGUGCAAGGGAAGAAUUCUUCGGGCAAUCAGAUUACGCUUGUAGAUAACUCUCAACAGUCUGUUAUAAGCACGCCUAACGCAACCCAGGUCCUGCAUAUUGUGCAAAAUAAAAAUGCGACAUCGGGCCAAGCUUCCAAUGGGACCCUAACACCACAAGCUAACUCAUUUAGCGGCCUCUCAUUGGUCGACGCCGGUCUUCAACAGGGCGGGAACCAACUAUUACAUAUUGUCAACACAGGAAACCAGAAAACUGGUAACCCUGGCCAGUUACUAAAGCGUGUCAAUCUUCUAACUAAUCUUACUAAUGUACAAGGGUCAAAUGAGCAAAAAAUGGUACAAUUCGUGUGCAAGUCUGCGGACGGCAAAGCUAUUCAACUGAACGCACCACAUCAGCGAAGUAUGGUCUUAAGACUACAGCCUAUUGAGACUCCCAAUGUUCAGGCCCCGUCCACGAAACCUUCGGAGUCUCAAGACCUGAGCACAACAACUGGUUCGACUACCAAUAAAGAAAGCGCUAGCCAACAAGAAAUUAAGUCUCGUUCCAUCUACGAAGAAAAUUACGCCAAAUUCAUACAGAACUCAUCCAGCAAAACGCCUGGCUUAGAAAAAUCUACUAGCUUGCCAAAAUUUAACCAAGCAUUUGGUAAACCGGUAUUUCAAGAAGGCAGUCAAAAACAAGGUGAAACAGCAACAAACAAUUCUCAUUUACCUCCCGUGAACAACAACUCUGAGAAUUCUGAAUGCACGGGCAACGAUAAUGCAAUUAACUUGGAGCACAUGGGGAAUAUUUCAAGCCCGCCACUGCUUAUUAGGAAACCAGUAGUGACUUCACAAUCGCAAUCCAAUAUCGUGCAACAAAUUAAGCAAACAAUCGCGCCCAUGAACAUUCAAACUAUGCACGGUGGGGUCAUUUACACGCGUCAAAUACCCGUCAAUAUUGGCGGAGGACAAACUAUAAAUUUAAUAACAGUCCCUAGCACCGAGUUAAUAAAUGAUGACUCAUCUAAAACACAAUCUCAAAACAACCAGGGAGAAAUAGAGCCAUCUAUUAUUAAGAUUGUCCCUCAAAGCCAGACUACAACAAAUAAUGAGAGUUCGCAAGAAGAAAGUAAUAGUCAUGCAAGUGGUUCGAACGAAAAUACUCAAACUCCUCAGCCACAGCCAGUCUUAACACAAAUGAGAAUAAAACUACCCAUGUUGAGUAAAGCCCCGCAAAUGGUACCCGGUGCCAGAGUGGUCAGACCAUCGUUUUUCCAAAUCCAAAGAAACGUUAUUGGCGGUGCUAACCAACCGGUAUACCAACAACUUGUGUUAACGGCUGCCCCGCCGCUGGGCCAACAAACGAUUAGACUGCCAUCUCAAGCAACCCGGCCUGUUAAAGUUCCUUCUGAUAGUCAAUCGUCCUCUUCUGAAUCUCAGAUGAGCUCGUCCACAUUAGAACAGCUGCGAGAAUUCGACAUGGUUUUAGAACAAGUGAAAGAGAGAAGCACAUCGACGCCAAGUGCAAACUCAAACAAUAGCUCUUUUAAAAUACAUACUUCUUCAGACACUACGGAUGGUAAUGCUUCUAGCAACUGUUCCACAGAAUCAACCUCACAAGUGCUAUACUCUAUCGGAAACAAUCAGUCGCUAAAUGUGGCUUAUGUUAACAGAAAAACUACUGUGACUACUCCGACAACGUCAACCUACGUGCGUUCGCCGGACUCCUCGGGUAUCGCAGAUUCACCGACAUCUUCGACGCACGCAAUACCUCACACUAUGACCACAGACUCGUCCCCCACGGAAAUGUCUUCCCAAUCAAAACCGAAAGUGGGCUCUAAAUCAAAAUCGAGACCGAAAUCGACCUCAAAUCCACCGAACACGCUUAAACUGAGCUCCUCUAUUCCGCCGAAGACUUCAUCACAGAAACCUUUAGAAGACGAGCAAACUACUCAACGGAUACUCUACAUACUGGCUGAAUAUAAAGAGCAAGUGGAAAACUCACCAGACAAGGAUAAACCUGCACCACGUAGGAGGUCCAAUCCGCCUUCCAACCCAGGAUCAUCGAAACGCAAGAAGAGUUCCAGCUCACGUCGAUCAGGAACGAGGGAUAUGAGUCCCGUUCACGGCGAAGACACCUGCCGCACGAUGGGCUCGGAAGACAGUAGUUGCGGUACUUCUCAAGGGGACUGUACAGAAAGCUGCCUAGACAGUCACUCUCCACAAGACAGUCCGCGUAAAGUUGCCCGAAAGAUAACCUUUGAUCAAGAUCUAACGGUCACUCAACCUCGGCCGCAACCUCAGAGAAAUGUUAUAGUGGCUGACGGGCAGACGAUCACCGUCGCUCGCGGGACCACUGGAAAACCAGCUACUGCAGUUCUGAUGCCAGCUAACUACAUCUUACCCGUGUCUAUGGUGAAAGGCGGUCAGCAGAUCGCUAUUGUAACCAAUCGAGGCCCGAAAUUAUUGACUGUUGGAGGCGAAGGCGGCGCGACCAACGCGCUGCUGCUUCAGCGGUUGAUAGGGCCGGCGGGUUUGAAGCCUGUGCUAGCCCGCCCGGGGGUUCGACACGUGAGACUACCUACGGCUGCCUUACAUAACCUUCAAGCGUUUAACUUGGCAACAGCGACAACGGUUCAGCCUCCAGACAGCACAGCGUCGCCGACACCGGGUCCAACGCCUCCUGAGCUCGUCGAUACGCGCGCCACUAGCUCUCCUUGGACUGAUCGGGACGAGGUGAAACCGGAGCGCAGCUCGAGCCCCGAGGGCUCGGAGCCCUGGAACCUUCCAUCCACCGACGCGCACGAUUACACCUACGAGGAGACCGUGCGCACUGACAACAUGGACCGAACCGUGCUGGAUCAGAUCCCAGAUCGAUACAGUCCCGAUAUGGAAGCGCAAAGGAUAUUUGAUAAGAUGUUCGACGUAGACUCGAAAAAGUCAUACGCCGUCGAUUCGCCGCGUUGCGCGUACGAUAUAGACCCGUCCGAUUGCGACGAUAAGGCCUACCAGGUUGUGCAAAAAAAAGACGGUUCGCAGAGGCAACACAGGCUUGCCCACGUGUCGGCUGCGGCUCUGAGGCAUAAGUACGCUAUACUGGAACAUGAGUUGAGAUUACAAAAAUCUUUAUCAGAGGAGUGCGAAGACUUGGGAGUAGACUCCCCCUCCGCAUCAGAGCUGUUUCCCGAAGCGGAGCUGCUAUUUGCCAACUCACCCGCUCAUGAGCACAACCAAGAACAUCAAUCGCACACCCCUCAACCCCACCAAAGCUCGAUACCCCAACCGGACAUGGACGAUCAGAUCGCGACGGACCACCUGAUCCCGCGCGAGAUGGACGUCAGCCUCGGCCUGGCGGACGUCGGCAUAGUGGCCGUCAGCGAAGACGGGAGCGCCACCAUAGCGUUGGAUCAGGAGGAGUUCGCGAGGUCACAUCCCAAUACGACGUUCCAUAGCGAACCGACGGAUGGAGAGGUGCAACCCUUUACGAUAGCCGGGAUCAAAGGCCGCCACAUCACUUCAACGAUAUUCCACUCCAACAGCGCGCCGGCCACGGUGCUGAUGACCGCCCCUCAGGCCACCGUCAUCUCGCAAGCCCCAGAGCACAGCGUCAAGUACGAGAUAGAAAAUAUGAUCAACUCCAUGCCCGGCUCCCACAACAACGAUAUCAACCUCUCCUCGGUCCUGGUGAAAGACGACGGUUUGACCAGGUUCGACAACAUCCUCACGGACUCCAGGGAGCUGCACUUGACCAACACGGCGUCCGCCAUCGUGCACUCUUCGGGCAACGCCACACAAGUCAUCAGGCGAGUCUGCUACGACGACAAGCGAGAGAGAGAUGCCAGGUACCUCAUCGACGAACCCGACAACCUAAUCGCGGGCGACGACGCGAAAAUGAUCGCCGAGGACAGCAGGGACGCGACCCUCGAGUCCAUGGCCGACGGGUCCAGCCCGGAGCGGCACGCCGAGCUGUUCUGGGAGUCCAACUCGGCCUCCGAGCGCUCCGAGGGCAGGCGGCCUCUCGACUUCAGCAGCGACAGCGACAAGGGCUGCAAGAGCCCCUUCGACGAGACCAACUCGACGGACUCGAGCGGCGUCGGCCCCAUGAGGCUCGACUCCGUGAUCAAGGAGGCGCGGACGCGCGAGCGGAGCGGUAGCGGCGACGGGUCGUCGGCCGACGACGCGCCGCCGCUGCGCACGUACCCGCCCAAGCGGCCCUACCACGAGGCCGAGGCGGAGCGGAGCGUGUCCGGCAAAACCAGGGCGGGGGAGCGCUCCCCGGGUGUGCGGCGGCGCGUGGUGCGGCGCGGCUGCCCCUGCUGCCCCGGCGAACCCCAACCGCCCCCGCCCCGCCCCAAGAAGCCGCGCCAGCGGAAACCCACGCUGGACUUCAACACCUGA